AUGCCGUCACAAGCUCUGCCCACUUUAAAAGUAGUUAAAGCUGAUGUUAAUUAUCUUUGUAGCAGCAUUUGUAAGCUGAUUGACAUUCAAUUCAAAAUUAAUUGCUUCUGGCUAGUCAUAUGCGGACCAAUUAUUCCAAAAUACAAAAAUCGAAGGGCUUCUGACGGCACUAAAAACACCCCACAACAGAGCAACAAGUCAGCAGACCUUCUGACCAAUGGCCCCACAGAUGGUGAAGAGAUGCUGUUUGCCCGCGUAACUUUCCAUUUUGUCCCAUAUGCUGAGCUGAGAAACAGACACGCGCCAAAAUGUGGCCUUAGGAUACGUGCAAAAAAGAAAGAAGGCGGUAGGCGGGGCAUCUCAGUGAAUGGAGACAAGUCACGGGUCGCAGCGAAACCAUCAGGGCCCCUCGCACAGAGCCUCUGCCGCGGGCAUGCGCAGCUCCUCUGCGCCCAACCUGAGCGAGUGGUGAGUUCGUACCUAGCGCUUCUCUCCGACUGUAGUAAUCCUGAAACCUUAGAGGCAGCUGCUGGAGCUCUACAGAACCUGGCUGCGUGCUACUGGCAGCCAAGUAUAGAUGUAAGAGCUGCAGUCAGAAAAGAAAAAGGGUUACCCAUACUAGUAGAACUUCUUAGGAUGGAGGUAGACCGGGUGGUGUGUGCGGUGGCCACAGCCCUCCGCAACUUGGCCAUAGAUCAGAGGAAUAAAGAACUGAUAGGAAAAUAUGCUAUGAGAGAUUUGGUUCAAAAAUUGCCAUCGGGAAACACCCAUGACAGUGGGACAAGUGAUGAGACCAUUGCAGCUGUUUUAGCCACCUUGAAUGAAGUAAUUAAGAAGAGUGCGGAAUUUUCACGUUCGUUGCUAGAUGUGGGUGGCGUUGAGAGGCUGGUCAAUAUGACCCGGCAUCGUGGACGUUAUUCAGUUAGAGUUGUCAAGUUUGCCUCACAGGUGCUGUUUUCAAUGUGGGGACACCAAGAGUUACGAGAGGUCUAUAAAAAGGCAGGCUGGAAGGAGCAGGACUUUGUAAGCAAGAGUGUAGCUGCUCGUAAUGCGGCAGGUGGCGGUGCUAACUCUCCAACUGCCAAUAAUACACUAAAUCGUCCAAUGGCCUCGCAGGGGGGAACCCGUUACGAAGACAGGACGAUCCAGCGGGGGCAAGGAAAGGCCCACCACCAGUAUAAUCGGGUCAGUGAUUGGAUGCACCAGAGGAAAUAGCAAGAGAAAGGAAUU